CUUUCUUACUAACUGAUGCCUGCUCCUGUCUCUCCUCCCCAGACGUUCACGGCCUGGUGCAACUCCCACCUGAGGAAAGCAGGAACACAGAUCGAGAACAUCGAGGAGGACUUCAGGGACGGACUGAAACUCAUGCUGCUGUUGGAGGUGAUAUCAGGAGAGCGCUUGGCCAAACCAGAGAGAGGGAAGAUGAGAGUUCACAAGAUCUCCAACGUCAACAAAGCUCUCCACUACAUCACCAGUAAAGGAGUCAAGCUGGUGUCCAUCGGAGCUGAGGAGAUCGUCGACGGCAAUGCUAAAAUGACCCUGGGAAUGAUCUGGACCAUAAUCCUUCGCUUCGCCAUCCAGGACAUCUCUGUGGAAGAAACAUCAGCCAAAGAGGGUCUCUUCUGUGGUGCCAGAGGAAGACUGCUCCCUACAAGAAUGUCAACAUUCAGAACUUUCACAUUGUCCUAUACCACUAGACACCAUACCGUAGUCCUAUACCACUAG